GCGUUUACCACUAAAAAAACCCCAUUUGUCGCAUCACCGCUCUUCGACAACACUUCCCUUAAAGCCUCGCCUAGUAUCGGAAUACUGGGUCUCGAAAUCUCGAGCGAUUGCCAAUUCCGUGGCCAUCUGGAGGGCAAAGCCAAAUUGGCUUCAAAGAAACUGGGCGUCAUUAAUAGAGCACGGCAAUACUUCAAGCCGGCCCACAUUCUAGCGCUGUACAAAGCGCAGGUCCGCCCACACAUGGAGUAUUGCUGUCAUCUCUGGUCUGGCGCACCCCAGUAUCAGCUCGAUCCAUUUGACCGCGUGCAACGCAGAGCAGCGCGAAUUGUCGGGGACCCAGUACUCUGUGAACGGCUGGAUCACUUGGCGUUGCGUAGAGACGUCGCUUCAUUGUGUGUCUUCUACCGCAUUUAUCACGGGGAGUGUUCCGAAGAGCUGUUUUACCUAAUUCCUGCCGCCGAAUUCCACCUUCGCACGACACGCCACAAGUUAGGAUAUCAUCCUCACCAUCUGGAUGUGUGGCGGUCCUCCACAGUGCGGUUUACAAGGAGCUUUCUUCCACGUACUACAAAGCUGUGGAAUGAACUUCCAACGGUGUUUCCGGGACGAUACGACAUGUGUACCUUCAAAAAAAGCGCGUACACCUUCCUUAAAGGCCGGCAACGCUCCUGUGAUUCCUCUGGUGUUGCCAGAGAGUAUGGGCGGCAGUGA